AUGCGGUUCGGAACGAACGCCAUAGUUACAGCUACGUUGCUAGCAGCGGUACAAACCACCGCUAGCGUCAUUUCUCGAAGCAAGAGCACAGAUGCCUGUGGCCAAAUAUACCAGCGUGUUCAUAACGCUAGGAAUGGCAACAGCACUGUAAUCAUACCAGGGGAGCUGGGGCUUCAGUGUCUUCAGGCCAUGCCCUUUGAAUCAAGUCGCGCUGUCUUAUGGGUGAAAGAAUUUCGCAAAUGGCUCCUCUUCCAGUCCGAUCUUGAGAUCUUAAAGGAUCCUCCGCCGGGCUACCAAAUGCCCGCUACGGAUCUCAUUGGAACCCUCGAUCAGAUUGAGAAAAGAGCUGCUGGUGAAUCCUACAAAAACCAUUGGGAGUUUGACACUGAUGUGAAAAAUAUGAUCGGCUCUGCUUAUGAUGGGCACUUGGAUGUUUCGACGUGUCCGUCUUCGCUCAUGACUUACACAAACGAUGUACCGCUUGUAUCUGUUUCGUCGAAUGGGAUGGCUAUUCCGAAGGUGUACACAUUCGCCGACGCUAGACUAUUGAAGUCUCACCAGGCCAGGGUGUCACCAAUCGUCUCAAUUAAUGGGGUCGAUGCUGCAUCGUAUCUGGAAGAAAUAUCAUUGACAUCAAAGUCUCAGGAUCGUGAUGCAUUGUACAAUGAAGUUUUUCUCUCAAAUCCAAUCGCGGCCAAAGGGGAGUCCUGGGCACUCAACGGUUUAUUCAGUCAAACUACAGUCUGGCCUGGCGCAAAUCAUACGCUUCGCUACGCAAAUGGCACUUCUCAAGUGGUCAAAACGGUUGUCGAACUUGAAUCAUGGAACUGGAAGUCCGGUAAGGCACGAUACAAUGCUUUGUGUCUUCCAUCUUCGACCUCUUCGACCUCUUCGAAGCGCUCCUUGUCACCAUCCUCUCAAGUCUCAAAACGCUCAUCACGAUCCAAAAGCCCUUCAGGUUACCUGAUUCCGUACUCCAACACUACCGAGUACUCUCUGCUCAGUUUCUUUCCAAAGAGCAGCAACCUAAAUGAAACAGCAGUUCUUGCCCUUCCUUCGUUCAAACCGGAGGAUCUUGCGCAGUUUAACAAUCUCGCCCGGAAUUUCAUCAAGAAAGCUGCUAAAGAGGGGAAAAAGAAGAUGAUCAUCGAUCUCCAGGGCAAUGGAGGUGGUACUAUUUCUGCAGGCUGGAACUUGUUUCGACUCUUCUUCCCGGAUCAAGAGGUCUACUCCGCGACCCGUUUCCGUGCCCACGAAGGCAUCAAUUUCAUCGGAGAAGCAUUCGCACGUCUACCCCUCAACAAUCCCGACACUUACGGUAAUAUGCUAGACUGGAAGGAGAAUGUCACACCUGAUCAAGAGGCUGCUUUCUCCUCCUGGGCAGACCUUUACGGACCCUACGAACUGUUAGGAGUGAAUUCCUCCAGUCUCUUCGCAAACAACCUAACAGCAAUUUCCUAUCCCGGUGCGGAACCCGUGAGUGGAUACGGCGCAAUACCUCUCGAUCCGAAGACCCAGACUUUCGCGGCCGAGGAUAUCAUUCUGAUUACUGACGGCUACUGUGCGUCCACUUGCACCCUAUUCACCGAGCUGAUGAAAGCUCAAGGCGUCCGCAGUAUCGCCUUCGGUGGACGACCACUGGCUGCUCCUAUGCAGGCUAUGGGUGGUAUCAAGGGUGCACAGGUAGAAAAUCUCGCCGAUAUGGCGAACCUCCUGGCGGUUGCGAAAGAAUUAGCCAAAUCUUCGUCACUUCUUUCUGAUGAGGACUUGGAAAAUUGGGACAAAUAUGUCCCCAGUCCUCUCAGUGAGUUCCCUUACCAGACGAGCAAUGCUACCGUGAAUCUUCUGAACGCGUUCGGUCCUACAAACGACAUCGUGCCCAGGCAAUUUAUUUAUGAAGCAGCUGAGUGUCGUCGCUUUUUCACAUUUGAAAAUAUUGUGGAUCAGGAAACUACCUGGGCAUCUGCUGCUGAUGCUAUGUUUUAUGGUGGCGGUUGUGUGGAGGGCUCUAUGAAUGGCCCUGGAAGCCUUAUUCCGGCAUCAGCGUAG